UAUAUAUAUAUAUGUAAUUUGAGAGGGGACCAAACUAUUUGAGAAUGGUUAAGCUACUUGAAAGAUUGUUUAGAUCAUUCCUCUUUGUUUUCACCUAUGGUUUCUUUCACUAUCAAGACUCCUAUGGCGGCAUCAUAGGUCGAAGAAAAAUGCCAAAGGGUCGACCCCUUUCGUUGCAGACAGUAGAGCUCAAAGUGAGAAUGUGCUGCACUGGCUGUGAAAGAGUUGUUAGGGAUGCCAUUCACAAACUCAGAGGUGUUGAUUCAAUAAUAGUCGAAUUAGAGAUGGAAAAAGUAACUGUAACAGGAUACGUCGAUCGUAACAAAGUAUUAAAAGCAGUAAGACGGGCGGGUAAAAGGGCGGAAUUUUGGCCGUUUCCGAACCCGCCGCUUUAUUUCACGAAUGCCGCCGACUAUUUCAAGGACACGACGGUCGAUUAUAAAGAGAGCUAUAAUUAUUGGCGGCACGGCUACAACGCCGCCCACCGGCAUGGAUCGCUUCCGGCGACCCACCGGGGCGACGACAAAGUUAGUAACUUCUUCAACGAUGACAAUGUCAAUGCUUGUUCCCUCAUGUAAUUAAUAUCACAUACACACACGUACACCUGUUUGUGUGUGUGUUUAUGGAAACAAGCCAAUAGAUCAAUUUGUAAUUUUUAUUAAGUUAGCUCUAAUUUAAAGUUAGGCCCAUUGGGCUCACUAUUGUGGUGCAUAUAUGGGCUUGAUUUGUAAUUGGGCUUUAAAUUUGGA